AUGACAGAGCAGAACGAUACAGCUGGACAAAACCAUGUCAAACUCUCUGCCCCUACGCUUUUAGACCACAAAACAAAACACCAUUGUCAUAUCAUCAAUAACCAGCAAUCAAAUAACUCAUAUAUGCUUCAAACCAAGACUUUCAAGAUUCAAAUGGCUUUGGUUAGAGGUAUUUAUGCUUCAAAGAAGACACUUGACCGCUCUAUAGCAGCUGCAGCAGCAACAUUGAGCAAAAGACAUGUGGGUUCUGCGCUAGCCUUUGUCCUAGCUUCUUACUUGAACCAGCCUUUGUUUCAAGCUCUUCUCAGUAAAUCCGAAGAGGAGUUAGGGUUUGAUUAUCCGAUGGUUGGCCUGACGAUUCGUUGCCCAGGAGAUAACUUUCUCACUAUACUGUAA